CAAUACAGUGUUAAGGGAGAGAUAGUAAAGGACAACACUUUAUUUAUCUGCGUAUGUGAUCAUAAAGUGUCGAAAGAAAGUCGUUGUUGAAAAUUUUAGAAAUCGAGACUUCAGCAGUAAAUUAAUUCUAAAAUAUGUUUCGUCUUCUUGUGACGGUGCUCUUUAUGACGACUGACGCGCAGCAAUAUCACUGGACUUGGCGAAUAACUGAUAAUUUGUCAAAAGUUCCUUCAGUUCAUAAUUUUCCUUCAGUACGUUUGACCAAUAUCGACAAUGUGAUUUAUUAUGGUACUAUUAGCAUUGGAACUCCACCGCAAAACUUUAAAGUUGUAUUUGAUACUAGUUCACCAUAUCUUCGGAUAUUUCCUAAAAUGUCCACAAAUCCUGUUGUUUUUGUACGUAAUAAAUAUACGUAUGUACGUAUGUAUUGCAAGCCAUAUAUAGUAAAUAAAAAUAGACUACUUCAAGUACGAUACCUCGAUUACAAUGUAACAGGAUUCCUAUCUAACGGUACAGUAAAUGUUGCCAACCUCAAUAUAGAGAAGCAAACAUUUCUAGAAGUGGUAAACAUAUCAGACGAACAUAUACUUGAAUUGUACUCAAAUAUAACUGACCGAAAAUUUGAUGGUCUUUUGGGCCUGAGUUAUUUCAACAUACCUGUCAAUGAAAUAAAGCCUGUCUUUUACAACAUGAUUCAACAGGAACUAGUGUCAUCAAGCAUUUUCAGUAUUUAUCUAAAUAGAAACGCUUCAGCCGAUUUGGGUGGUAAAUUGAUAUUCGGUGGUUCCGAUCCUGCUUAUUACGAAGGAAAGUUUACAUAUUUUCCUGUUACUCGCAGAGGAUACUGGCAAUUUACCAUUAAUAAUAUCCAACUAAAUAAUAUUACUUGUUGCGAGAAAAGCUGCCAAGCUAUUGUUGACACAAGUACUUGGAAAAUAAUUGGACCAGAAAAGGAUGUUUCACUUAUUAAUCGACUUAUUGAAACUAAUUCACAGGGAAGUGUGGACUGCAAUAGAAUUUCUCAAUUGCCUAUAAUCGGGUUUAAUUUGAGUGGUUUUAAUUGGUUUAGUAAGACGUUCGUUCUUACCGGUAAGGAUUAUAUCAUUCGGGAUCCACAUGAUAAAAAUACAUGUGUAACCGUCUUUUGGAAACACGAGACAGCAACUGACGGUUUUGACCAUUAUGUAGAAUGGGUUCUGGGGAUGCCAUUUAUUGGCCGUUACUACACUGAGUUUGAUAUUGGUAGACAUCGCGUGGGAUUUGCUUUGGCGAAAAAUGUUUGGUAGACAUCGCGUGG